AGAAGCACUAGAUUCCGCUACUGCUCUAGUCUGCGCCCUGUUUAAAGCAAGAACCUAGAUAGGGCUUUAUGAACCUAUUGAUAUUUUAAAUCAGGUUUUAUUUGAAAGAUUAUUCAUAUAGGAACCUCAAAUACAUUUUCCAAUAAGGCCGACCAACAUUCAAUCCAACGAACCUUCCUAUUGGAUCUUGCUUGUUCUUGUAGGAUUCUUUAUCUAUUCCAACAAGAAUUAUUGUUGUAUAUUCUUAUGCACCCUUAGCUACCCGGCAUUUCUCUCCCACAAAGAAUGCACUCUCUUCUCAAUGAAAUAAAAAUGUCAUUGAAGAGCGUCUUGUUUACAUGCAACUUUCGGCAUCGAUUGGGUGUCUCGUUUCGAUCGGGUGAUGUGAAAUUUUUAUCAAUGAAAAUUUAAACAAAUUAAGUCAAACCAACUCGCAAUCAGUAAAAUACUAGUCAACCGAUAUAGUGUAAGUGUUAAGUGAUAAAAUGUAUCUCAAUUAACUACGCAAUGUCAAAGUAUGUAAGUUCUAAAAGUAAGAAUAGAUUACACAAAUAAUGGAGGGCACAUAAUGGCCGUCUAAGAAUUUCACGGAAGACUAUGACUUCAGCGUAGACUGUGCGAAGAAUCAGAUAUACGGCCAAAGACUCUGACCCCCAAAACAGUAUGGUGCACUUCUGCAAGCUGUGCCAACUGCUCCACAAGAGCAUGGACUUCAUCGAGUGCGAUGAGUCCAACGUGUGGCUCCUCGAAGCCGUAUUCAAGCUGAAGAUCGUCCCCGUCAACGGCCGGGUGGAGCCCAUCUGCCAGAAGUGCAUCGCGAAGUACAACAAGGUGAUCAAACGCAAGCGGAAGGCCAACGGCGGCUUUCCAAUAUCGCAGAGCCAGAUCUUUCCCAUCACGACCACUACCGUGACGUCGUCCACGCAGUUGGUUAUUUCCGGCCCGAUGAUGAACGAGGUGAUGCAGAGGCAGCUGUCGCAGCAGGAGCAACAGUCGUCGCAGAUGUCGCUGGCGACGGCGGCGCAACUCAGGGAAGAGGACUCGUCGACGGAAACGUCGAUCGUUACGGCUAAUAGUUUCCAGCUGAAUAUAACGGGGGCUGCGGCAGUUUAUAGAACAGCUGGGAAGGAUGGACGGAGUAGUUCGGAUGAUGAGAGUUCGGUCGAGAUUGUUAGCGAUGUGGAAGAUGACGAGGAGGAUGAGGGAGAUGGAGCAGAGAGCAGUGGCAGUAGCGAUUGCUGUAGCGAGGAUUCCGACGAAAGCAGCUACAGUUACAGCUCGAGCAGUAGCAGUGGGAGUUCGUCGAUAACGCAAGGUAGUUUAGCCGGUGAUGAUAAGCAGGAGCUGGAGAAUGUUGCCGAAUCGGAAUCGUUGAGUUCGUUCAUGGAACGUGAUGAAAGAGAAACCAGUUGUCAGUUGGAGUCGAUAGUGGAACUGAAGGACACUGUCCUGAUGGAACAGGCCAGGGCGACAGUUGAGCAGCACAAGAAAUCGAAGAAGAAACGGAGCAAAGAGGCUGGAUCUGCGCAGCACGUUUGCGAGGUUUGCGAGAAGAGCUUCAAGAAGGCCAUCUACUUGAAGGUUCAUAUGCGAACUCAUACAGGUGAAAAGCCGUUUGCAUGCGACAUAUGCUUCAAGAGUUUUACGCAAGCGAGCAGUUUGAAUACGCACAAGCGGUUGCAUUCCAAUAUAAAACCGUUCGUUUGUCAGGUUUGUGGAGCCGAGUAUACCAGUUCAGGAAACUAUAGGGUUCAUCUAAGGACGCACACCUUGGAGAAGCCUUACAAAUGCAGCUAUUUUAGCCGGCAGCCACCCUACACAGCCCUGCGAUGGCGCAAUCCCGUACGUCCGCUCGUCGAGGUUGUCGUCACUGUCAUCGUCGUCACCGAACAACCGGAUUCAGUUCGUUCGGUUUCGGAUCGGACAACCAUCCGUCCGUCCGUCCGUCCGUCAGAUGAAGCUGGGUGGGUGCUGCUGAGCUAUUAA